UCGACAAGAUAGUCGAGCCGACGUCUGAUGAUGGGUCCAGACGAAUGAAAAGAGCAGCUGCCCACAACAAGGAGGUGGAGCUCGCGCUGCUGGCCCAAGAUCAAGAUUCCGCCUCGUCCUCUUCCUCUUCCUCUUCUACUUCACUCGACUCGCUUGCCCCAAUUCCGAGCGAACGUCCCAACACUCCAAAACCCUUGAACGAUCCAGAGCUGGGAAGCAACAAACACGUCAAAAUGUGGGAGAGUGUACCUCUGAGGUUCCCGCCGCGGGAUAGGUAUCCGCCUUCAGCUCCCGACAUCGCUUCCGACGAUUUGCGUCUCAGUGCUAUCGCGUUAGGUGUAGCUUCGUUAGGCGCUAGACCGACGUGGAGGCAAGGGGUCUGGAUAGCAUGGUCAGAAAAGGAGACGCGGUGCACAAGCCUCCGAGCGACCAGGCGGAGCAAGAUAAGAACACCAGAGAUGAAGCUCUCAAGAUCAUCGAUGCGGAUGGUUAUUGGAGCUCAGCGUCGGUGCAUACACGAUAUGGUGACGAAUCGCCGGAUUGGAUGUUUGAAGAUUCCAAACGGCUAGAGUGGCUCGGCGAUGCAGUGGUGGGGCUCGUAGCUCGCCACACUAUCAUGACGCGCUAUCCAGAUCUCAGCGUCGCUGGAGCCACUCAGGCAUGGGGUCACAUCGUUUCCAACGACACCUUUGGGCAUCUCUGGGAUAUCGCCGGUCUGGAGCCAAUGCGGCUCAAAGUUGCGGAGCGCAUCACAUCGGAAGCUGUGCUGCAAGAGAAGCGCAGGCUGAUUGAUGCGAUCGUGCAUGGACAUGUGGAUAGGAUGGAGCAUGAGGAUGAAGAUGCGGCUAGAAAGAUGGGAUUGGACGACGGGAGGAGAACACGCUGGGAGGACACGCUCGACGAGAGGGCCCUAAGGAAGCAUCCGGCUAUGCAAGCAGAGGCUCUGAAUGCCAAAUUCAAUCCAGUCCUGAGGCAUAUUGGAGACGGCAAGAUGUCGCACGCAAGCAAAGCUGAUCACUUCGAAGCUUUCGUCGGUGCGAUGCUCGUCACGCGAGGCUUCGAUGCUACCUCUGCGUAUUUAUCGCCACUGCUACUUCCGUGGGUAGAACGAAUCUCUCUUUCGCCAGGUUUCCACGCUAGGUAUCGGACGCCUGCGGCCAUGGUUCGAGCCAAGCAAGCACAGAGGGCAGAGGCCAAGGCUUUAGCAGAGCGCGCCGCGAAGAGUGGCUUGCUGACCAAGGUCCUCAGACGCGCGUUCGGUCCCAUGCUUCGAUGGAUCUUCCCAGAAGUCUCGACGAUCCUGCAGAAAGGCCGGCCGAAGAGAUAACAAUGCAUUUGCGUGGAUUUGUGCAAGCAGCGUCAACAGUGUGGGGGAAAAGUGAUGAAAGA